GGUAGCAGAAGGGAGACGAAAUAAUUACUUGAGAUCUUGAGAGGUUGGUUAAAACUUGAGUCGAGAGAACAACAAUGUAUGGUGUGUCUCAGUUGCAGAGACAGUUGGCUCAAUACACUUCUUCCCUGUUUGAAGAGGGUUUCCUAGAUGAUCAAUUUAACCAGCUUCAGCAACUUCAAGAUGAAAGCAACCCAGAGUUUGUGGUUGAAGUUGUGACUCUUUUCUUUGAGGAUGCAGAGAGGCUUCUUAAUGAGCUGGCAAAGGCACUAGGCCAGGAAAACAUUGAUUUUAAAAGGGUGGAAGCUCAUGUUCGCCAAUUGAAAGGUAGCAGCUCCAGCAUUGGCGCACAAAGAGUUCAGAAAGUUUGCAUUGCCUUCCGAAACUACUGUGAGGAGAAAAAUGUUGAAGGGUGCCUUAAAAGUUUACAGGAAAUAAAACAGGAGUGUUCCUUGGUGAAAAGCAAGUUUGAAACUCUCUUCAAGAUGGAGCAGCAGCUUUUUGCCGCAGGGGGGUCGGUUACUAGGUAGUGAGUGAUACGGGGCAGGGAUGUUCCAUGCAAUUUGCAAUAACCCUAAGAAAGCAUUUUUCACGUCCACUUUGCUGUAAUUUUCUGUUUUUUGUUUUUCUGAAUGGGAGAAGGAAAAACUGGUUUCUAAAUUUGAACUCAUUACCAACCAAUAUCAAAACACAAUUGUUUAUGACUUUGUCCA